UGAAGAGAAAGAAGAAAGAGAAAUCUGGAUAAUUUAAGCGUCGAAACCAUUCAAGUCAUUUUCACAAAAACAAACAACAACUCCCUUCCACUCCAUUGAAUUCAAUUCUGAAACUAAAACCUUGCAAAUUUUCUCUCUUUUUCCUUUUUUUUUUUUUUUUUCUAACAAACGCGCAUACGCCACAUAGACUAAUUUUACUUUUAAACCUACCUUAUUUAUUUAUGCCCUUUUCUUCUUCUUCAACCAACAACAUAACAAGAGUGAGGGAUUUUUCUUAGGAAGUAACUAUUGCUCACUUUGACUUUUUUUUUUAUUGUUUCAUUAUAGUUAUUUUUUGCUUUGGUUUUGUUAUAUGUACAGAAGUUGAGGUUUUUUUUUUUUUUAUCAUUGCUUUUAUAGUAACUUUAGAUCUACUUGCAUCAAAGUCUUCGAUUUUGUUGGGUGGAGUUGUUCAUUUUUAGAUAGUUUAUGGCUACAGCGGCCAUAUUUUCAUCUCUUCGGAGACGGAGAUCACCUUCUUUACAGGCGUUCUUGGCUCCGGUUGACUUGACCGAUGUGGCUCUUUUACAGACCCUUGUAACUAUUUCAUCUGAGCUUGUUUCUUGCUUUUCCAACAAACCUCUCUUCUUUCAGCGGAGGAAUUUUCGUUCUUUGAUUCGAAAGGUUGAGGUUUUUCGUGUGUUAUUAGAGUGUUUAAGGGAUUCGGGUUCGGUUCUUCCUUCAACGGCCGUGCUGUGUUUCAAGGAGCUGUACUUGCUUCUUUACAGGUGCAAAAUACUGCUUGAUUAUUGUGAACAGUCUAGUAAGUUCUGGCUUUUGAUUCAGAAUCAUUCAAUUUCGGGGCAUUUUCAUGAUUUGAAUCAAGAAAUAUCUACCCUUUUGGAUGUUUUUCCUGUUAAUGAUGUUGAAUUGAGUGAAGACGUUAGGGAGCAGGUUGACCUUAUGCAGAGGCAUGCUAGGAAGGCUAAAUUGUAUAUAGAUAAAAGGGAUGAUUCAUUGAGGGUUAAAUGUUUUUAUUUUCUUGAUGAGUUUGAGAAUGGGAGAGUACCAAAUCAUGUGGAGUUGCGAUCUUUCUUUGUGGAGAAUUUGGAGAUUAAAGAUGCAAAGAGUUGUAGAACUGAGAUUGAGUUUUUGGAGGAGCAGAUUGUCAAUCAUGAGGGAGAUGUUGAGCCAUCUGCUGCUGUCCUUAAUGGGUUUGUUGCGGUGACACGGUAUUGCAGGUUUUUGCUAUUUGGAUACGAGGAAGAUGUGGUGGCAUUGGGAAUUGGAAAUCAGAAGCCAAGAAAAGGUUUGAUUACUCAAGAGAUUGCGGAUACUUUCUUAUCAGUACCUAAGGAUUUCUGUUGUCCAAUAUCGUUAGAUUUGAUGCAUGAUCCGGUGAUAAUUUCAACUGGACAGACUUAUGAUAGGAGCUCAAUCACCCGGUGGUUGGAUGAAGGGAACUGUUCUUGUCCAAAGACAGGGCAAAUUCUUGUCCAUACUCGUCUUAUUCCUAAUCGAGCUUUGAGGAAUUUGAUUACUCAGUGGUGCACUGCUCAUGGAAUUCCUUAUGACCUUCCAGAGACUACAGAUUCAUCUGCUGAUUCUUUUGCUGCGGCUCUGCCUAGUAAAGCUGCAAUUGAAGCCAAUAGAGCUACUGCAGAGCUUCUCAUUGAACAGCUAGCCAAUGGGUCACAGGCUGCAAAGACUGUGGCUGCACGGGAGAUACGCUUAUUAGCAAAAACAGGAAAAGAAAACCGUGCUUUUAUUGCAAAAGCUGGUGCAAUCCCCCAUCUUCGUAAGCUACUUUCAUCUCAUAACCCUGUUGCACAAGAGAAUUCAGUUACUGCAAUGCUUAAUCUAUCAAUUUAUGAGAAGAACAAAAGUCUUAUCAUGGAUGAGGAAGGGUGUUUGGCAUCUAUUGUUGAAGUUCUGAGGUUUGGACUCACAACAGAAGCUAGAGAAAAUGCUGCAGCAACAUUGUUUAGCCUCUCUGCAGUUCAUGACUACAAGAAGAGAAUAGCUGAUGAGAGUGGGGCAGUUGAGGCCUUGGCGGGGUUGUUGAGAGUCGGAACCCCAAGAGGGAAGAAGGAUGCUGUCACAGCUUUAUUUAAUCUAUCUACACACACAGAUAACUGCCUGAGAAUGAUAGAGGCAGGGGCUGUUGCCUCUCUAGUUGGAGCAUUGGGAACUGAAGGGGUUGCAGAAGAAGCAGCAGGUGCAUUGGCCUUAAUAGUUAGGCAGCAAAUUGGUGCUGCAGCUGUGGAGAAAGAGGAAAUGGCUGUGGCUGGGUUAAUGGGAAUGAUGAGGUGUGGGACACCAAGAGGGAAAGAGAAUGCAGUUGCAGCAUUGCUUGAGCUGUGCAGAAGUGGUGGGGCUGCCACGACUGAGAGGGUGCUUAAAGCUCCAGCAUUGGCUGGUUUGCUUCAGACUUUGUUGUUUACUGGUACAAAGCGGGCAAGAAGAAAAGCAGCAUCCCUUGCCAGAGUGUUUCAAAGGUGUGAAAAUGCUGCCUUGCAUUUUGGUGGACUGGGUGUCGGUUAUGUAUUUGCUAGCAACUCAGCUGCAAAUAGGGAUUCAAGUUUCACCAGUGAUGUCUCAGUAUCUAUGUCCAUGUCUGUGUCUGUUUUGUAAUGGUAAACAGCCACUCCUUGGGUGUUGUCUUCCCUGUUUAAAUAUGUUAACAUUUUUGUUGGUAUUAGUUACAAAUUCUUUCACUGAAAUCUCAGGUUAAUAAAAUAUGGAAAGUUACAGGGAUA